AUGGGUGACCCUGCUGAAGGAUUUGCAAAAAGAAAGAAGACUUCUCUUUGGUUUGCCAUCUCUCUGCUGCUGGUGUCAAUCUUCAUACUGACCAUAGGCCUUGCUGCAACGACCAGAACUGAGAAUGUGACUGUAGGAGGCUAUUACCCAGGAAUCAUUCUGGGCUUUGGAUCUUUCUUAGGAAUUAUCGGCAUCAAUCUGGUGGAGAAUAGAAGGCAAAUGCUGGUAGCCGCGAUCGUGUUUAUCAGCUUUGGUGUGGUGGCAGCGUUCUGUUGUGCCAUUGUUGAUGGGGUGUUUGCAGCUCGACAUAUAGAACCCAGGCCACUCACCACAGAAAGAUGCCAGUUUUACUCAAGUGGGAUAGGAUACUUAUAUGAUGUCUACCAGACAGAGGUCACCUGUCACUCCUUGAAUGGCAAGUGUCAGCUGAAGGUGAAGAGCAACACCUGUUACUGCUGUGACCUCUACAACUGUGAAAACACAGAGCCAUCUACAAGCUACUAUGAGUUCAUCGGCGUGAGCAGCUGUCAGGACGUGAUCCACCUUUACCGGCUGCUGUGGGCGUCCACGGUGCUGAACAUCAUUGGCUUGUUCCUGGGCAUUGUCACGGCUGCAGUGCUGGGGGCCUUUAAGGACAUGGUCCCUCUGUCAUCGCUGGCCUACAGCUCCUCUUCUCCUCCUCAGAUCCUCUACAAUCCUGCCCAGCAGAUCCUGGCCUACACAGGCUUCUGCCCAUCGCCAGCAACCAUCCCAACGUACUCAUCCUACCCUUUGCCUCUGCAGCCCUCCAGCAACUUUCCAGUCUCGUCUUCCACUGAUCUCUCUCUAUCUGAUGACACGCAGCCUCCGUCUCAGUCCAGCUCCAACUACGGGCUUCCUCCCAAUGCCCCACCACUCUAUACACCAACUUCCUUCUUCCCGGGGGAGAAACCUCCCCCCUACGCUCCAUGA